GCAAAGAAGCUCAGCAAGAACGCCUUCCGCAGACAACAGAAGAAAGCUCAAAAAGAACGCUCCGCGUCUGCUACUCCCUCCGUCGCCGAGUCUACCGACUUCUCCGAAGCAGAAACCCCAAAGCUAGAAACUGGCCGCCAAUCCGACGCUCAGAUCAACACUCGCGAUGAUCCUAUGCAAAACAAUGAUCUACCCAAUGACGACUUUACCCUCCCCGAAGACGACCCUUUGUAUGCCGAAUUCCAGAGCGUCCUCUCCAGGUUCAACAACAUGGACAAAUCACAAACCAAGGAGGAAGAGAAGCCUGAAAUUUACUACGAUGACGACAACGACGACAUUCCCGACGAGGAUGAUGAGAACCAGCCGAAAUUGUCAAAGAAGGCACGCAAGGCCGCCAGCAAAUUGACCAUCGCUGAGCUCAAGCGUUUGGUGCGCAAGCCCGAGCUGGUUGAAUGGACAGACAUUGACGCCUCGGACCCGCUGUUGCUUGUGCGCAUCAAGUCGCAGCGCAAUGUUGUUCCCGUGCCAUCACAUUGGGCCCUCAAGCGCGAAUACCUUUCCUCCAAGCGUGGUAUCGAGAAGACACACUUCAAUCUGCCCAAGUUUAUCGCCGACACUGGUAUUGCUGAGAUGCGUGAUGCCGUGCUUGAGAAGCAGGCCGAGGCAACCUUGAAACAGAAGCAGCGCGAGAGAGUACAAGGAAAGCUCGGAAAGCUUGACAUUGACUAUCAAAAGCUAUACGAAGCCUUCUUCCGCCAUCAAACAAAGCCUCCGCUUACCCGCUACGGUGAGGUCUACUACGAGGGUAAGGAGUAUGAGACUAACCUCCGCCAUCUACGACCUGGUGAGUUGAGUGAUGAGCUGAGAGAAGCCCUCAACAUGCCACCUGGUGCUCCCCCGCCAUGGCUUAUCAAUCAACAACGUUUCGGACCCCCUCCCUCAUACCCUGGCCUCAAGAUUCCUGGUUUGAACGCUCCUCCACCACCGGGCGCAUCCUGGGGAUUUCACCCUGGUGGUUAUGGUAAGCCUCCUGUGGACGAACACACGAACCGUCCUCUGUUCGGUGGCGACAUCUUCGGUGUUAGCAGCGCGGAAGAUGAUGAAGCACCAACUGGAGCACCGGUAGAGAAGACUCUGUGGGGUGAGCUUCAAGAACGUGAAGAGGAAGAGGACGAGGAGGAUGAGGACGAAGAUGAGGAAGAGGAGGAUGGUGACGAAGCUAUGGAUGAAGAGGAGAUCGGCGCUGGACUCGAGACGCCAAGCGGAAUGGCCUCUGCUGUUCCUACGGAAAUUGGAAUCGAGAGUGUUGGAGGCGACUUCGAACUGCGCAAGAACGCAAGAGCUCCCGAAUCAGAAGACAACGGUGCUCCUCGAUCAGCGUACCAGGUCCUACCGGAGCAAAACAUUCGCGCUCAAGGUUUCUUUGGAGGCGAGAGAGCAUACGACAUGCGCGCAGCUCAGCAAAAUCUUCCGGUGCUCGGUCAAGAAAACAGAGGAAGCAAGCGCAAGGUUGGCGAUAUCGACGUCAGCGUAGACGUAGAUGCGCUUGAAAGAGACGAUCGUUUGAGCAAGGAUGAGAUUCAAAGACAGUUCGAGGCUCAAAGACAAGCACAGGCCGAGGGACAAUGGAAGGGAAGAGUGGAUCAGGAAGACUUGAGUCAGAUGAUUGCCGAAGAGAGCAACAAGAGGCUGAAGCAAGAUAAGGAAAGGAAUGAUCGCAGAAGA